AUGGAGAAAAAAAUAAACAGAAGAGAAAAUGAAUGUGAAGAAAAACAGAGCAACUCUGAAGGCUCUGAGCAAGACAAGGACUAUAAAACAUCUCUGAUUACUCUGAAUGUUGGUGGCUAUCUAUAUAUCACACAAAAACAGACACUAACCAAGUAUCCAGAUUCUUUUCUGGAAGGGAUCAUAAAUGGAAAAAUAAUGUGCCCAUAUGAUGCAGAUGGUCAUUAUUUCAUAGACAGAGAUGGACUCCUUUUCAGACACAUUCUCAACUUCCUACGAAAUGGAGAACUUCUUCUACCAGAAGGGUUUCGAGAAAAUCAACUUUUGGCACAAGAAGCUGAUUUUUUCCAGCUUAAGGUACUCUCGGAUGCAGUGAAAUCAAGGUGGGAGAAGGAACAGCUAGCAUCUCGAGAGACUACUUUCCUGGAAAUAACUGACAGCCACGACCGUUCCCAAGGACUUAGAAUCUUUUGUAAUGCUCCUGAUUUCAUUGCAAAAAUAAAAGCCAGAAUUGUACUGGUGUCCAAAAGCAGGCUGGAUGGAUUUCCAGAAGAGUUUUCAGUAUCUUCAAAUAUUAUUCAAUUCAAGUACUUCAUAAAGUCUGAAAAUGGUACACGACUGGUACUGAAGGAGGACAACACCUUUGUCUGCACCCUGGAAACUCUUAAGUUUGAGGCUAUAAUGACGGCUUUAAAAUGUGGAUUUAGACUGAUGACCAGUCUGGAUUGUUCAAAAGGGUCGAUUGUUCACAGUGAUGCACUUCAUUUUAUCAAGUAA